UCCUUUUCCUCUUUUGUCAUUACUUGAGUCAAGAGCAAAGAGUUUACCAAACAAGGGGAAGUCAGAACAAAAUAACUGAUGUUACUUUGAACCAACAAUAUAAGAAAUUGUUGAGGUUAUGGUAUGGGAACUACGAAUUCCAAAUGCGACACGUGGUAAUUCGCGAGGACAUUUAUUGUGUGACUGAACCUCUGACUUCAGUGCACUGCCUUAUGGAGAAAUUUCUACAAUGUUAAAGUGAAGGCAGAUCUACAGUCCAGAAAGUCUACUCUUUACAAGUCGUUUAAAUAUCUAUUACCACUCUCAAAGACUGAACAUAAAAUCCAGCAAAGUGGACCAUGAGGGCAGAGAGUUUAUUACUGGUACUCCAAUGCCUGCUUGGAUUUGUGCGCUAUAGUGGAGCCUUAUCAACUUGCAAUUCUCUAGAUUUGGAACUGAUAAAGAGAAAGCGCAUUGAAGCCAUUCGAGGGCAGAUCCUCAGUAAGUUGCGAUUACAUAAGGAACCAGAAUUGGAUGAAGAAGCAGAGGCAGAAAACAUUCCAGUAGAACUCAUAUCAGUCUACAACUCUACCGUGGAGCUAAGUGAAGAGCAGAGCAUUGAUCCUGUACUCUCGUCUGUAGAAGAAUCGACAGACGCUGAAUACUAUGCUAAAGAAGUUCACAAAUUCACAAUGAAACGGAUGUAUGAAAACCCAGGAAAGCUCUUAUGGUUCAACAUCACAGAGAUGAAGCUCACAUUGGGUUCAGAGCGCAUGAUCACCCAGGCAGAGCUCCGUCUGCGCAUCAAGGAUCCAAAAAUAGCUCCUGGUUCCGAGCAGAGACUGGAGAUGUACCAUGGUGUUGGGGACAUGGCUCACUACCUGGGAUCACACUACAUUUCUAAUGAACUGGCCAACAAGUGGCUGUCCUUUGAUGUGACUAAGACCUUGAAGGACUGGUUGGAGAAGCCAGCGGAGGAACAAGUAUUUCAGCUGAAGUUGCACUGUGGUUGUGAUAAGCCACAGUCUGAUUUUCAAUUCACAAUAGGAGGUUUGGCUGGUCAAAGAGGUGAUAAAGGAAACCUAGCUAGCCAAGUGCCAAGGCCCCUCAUUCUGGUGAUGUCACUUCCUGUUGAGGGUCACAGUCAUUUGAAAUCCCGCAGAAAGCGGCAAGCUGAGACAGAUGGAGUUUGUACUGAAAAGUCUGACGGUUGCUGUGUGAGAAGCCUGUAUAUUGACUUUCGCAAAGACCUGGGCUGGAAGUGGAUACAUGAACCCUCUGGUUACUAUGCCAACUAUUGUACUGGCUCUUGCUCCUAUGUCUGGACUUCAGAAAAUAAGUACUCACAGGUACUUGCACUUUAUAGUCAUCAUAAUCCUGGUGCCUCGGCCCAACCUUGCUGUGUACCACAGGUUCUAGAUCCACUGCCCAUCCUUUACUUUGUGGGGAGGCAACAUAAGGUAGAACAAUUGUCAAAUAUGAUUGUGAAGACCUGCAAGUGUUGCUGAGAGCAUCAUUUUUAUUUGGUCCUGAUGAUCAAGAGAACAUUUAUAACCUGUAAUAUCUUGGGUGAGGAAACAUUUGUGGAUAUUUAUUUGAGGAAAAUCUAGUUUCCUUCCUGUUAUGUGUUAAUUUGUCAUAUUUGAAAGUUUUUUUUAUAACUUAAAAAAAAAAAAUAUUAUGUGAAUAGCAAUCCACAUAUGGUGUACAUUUUGUCGUAAAAGGGAAAUAGUCUUUUGUUUAUUUGUAUUUGUUUAUGUAUUGAUGCCAGUGAAUGUGUUAUUUAGCUGAGGACUCUCAAAUGAUGACUAUCAGCACCAUCAUUAAUAAAUACACUGUAAUUAUAGGUCAACAAAAUGCAUUGCAUUGUUCAUCUGUUAAGCAGUUGGCAGAGAAAAAGGCCAUUAAAAACCUCCUUGUCCCUUUUUUGUGCUUGCCAAAAUAAGAACAUUGCAACGAUACAGAGUGUUUAUCUCAUAAUAUAAUUAUAUACACCCCCAAAUUUUGUUAUCUGACUCUCUUCUGUUGUCUGCAAAUUCCGUUGUCUUGCCGCACAAUUGUGAUCUGUUUACUGUUAACUGUAUUAACUUGUUCUACAGUCUCGAUUUGUUACAGGUGUUCAGGAAAGAAAACUUCCUGACAGCCAAUUUCCUUGUGACUACACAGCUGGCAAGGCUUUUGUUGUUUAAUGUUAUGUAAUUUUAUGUAUGCUGUCUAUUUGAUUACGGCAUAUUAUUUUAUGCUCAUACUGAAAAUAUAAUGAAUUGGAGAAUAACAGUUGGUUAAUCAAGAUGGAUUCUCUUUAUCUCCGUUUACAUUCGGAUGAUUGAAGGG